CUCCACCGGGCUGGGGCGUGGCCUUCCUGCGACCUGCUCUGGUCCAACAUGGCUCCGCGGUUGUGCAUCAUCUCUGCUGCGGUACGGCGGCUGCUGGGGAAGCAGGGACCCCGCGCUGGGGAUCUCGCGGCUGCGGCUGCUGUGCGCUUCUAUUCCAAGGACAGUGAAGGCAGCUGGUUCCGCUCCCUCUUUGUUCACAAGGUGGAUCCUCGGAAGGAUGCCCACUCCACUCUGCUGUCCAAAAAGGAGACUAGUAAUCUCUACAAGAUCCAGUUUCACAAUGUGAAGCCCGAAUGUCUGGAUGCCUACAACAGUUUGACGGAGGCUGUGCUGCCUAAGCUGCACCUGGAUGAGGACUACCCCUGCUCGCUUGUGGGCAACUGGAACACAUGGUAUGGGGAGCAGGACCAGGCAGUGCACCUAUGGCGGUUCUCAGGUGGCUAUCCAGCCCUCAUGGACUGCAUGAACAAGCUAAAAAACAACAAGGAGUACCUGGAGUUCCGAAAGGAACGGAGCAAGAUGCUGCUGUCCAGGAGAAACCAGUUGCUUCUGGAGUUCAGCUUCUGGAAUGAACCACAGCCCAGAGCUGGUCCCAACAUCUAUGAACUGAGGACAUACAAGCUCAAGCCAGGAACCAUGAUUGAGUGGGGAAACAACUGGGCUCGGGCCAUCAAGUACCGUCAAGAGAACCAGGAGGCAGUGGGAGGCUUCUUUUCACAAAUAGGAGAGCUCUACGUGGUGCACCACCUGUGGGCCUACAAAGAUCUGCAGUCUCGGGAGGAGACUCGAAAUGCGGCCUGGAGGAAGAGGGGCUGGGAUGAAAACGUCUACUAUACAGUCCCCUUGGUUCGACACAUGGAGUCACGAAUCAUGAUCCCUCUGAAGAUUUCCCCUCUCCAGUGAGGCUGGCCCUGCCUCCACCUCCUUCCUUUCCUUCUUUGGAUCAACCUGGAACAGAGGAACUUCUAGGCCUGCUGGCAUAGUUUUCUCUCAGCUUUGGAAGAAUUCUGCUGAGUUGUGUUCAGCUUGGAAAAGCUGUUUCCUGAGAACUUACAGUUCUGUCUGUACCUGCCCCACCUCUCUCCCAGGCCGGAAGACAUUUCAAAUUCCCGUAAUGAAGAAUAGCAACCUUUUAGCCAUUCACUCAUUUCCCCGAGACUCCUCGUCUCCAGGCCGUCAAGUCCCCAGCUAACACUGUGGACACGGCUUAGUUUCCUAACAGGUGGCAUAACUCGUAGUUAAGAGGUGGGGUGUGAUAUCAAACCAGGUAUGGCCUCCAGGAACUCCCUGGUCUCUACUCGUUAAAAAAGCAAGUCUGAGCCUUAACAAUGUGGAACUGCCAUAAACUCUGAAGUCAUCGAAGUCAGGAGGAGACCCAGAAUUCUGAGAGGGGCUGGGAAAAGGAUAGAAGGGAGGGAGGAAGACUUAGGUACGUGAGACAGACUUGAAGCAGGAACCCAGGAGCUGGAACAUAGGACUCAGCUUUUGGGUUUGAAACACAGAAUUGAAAGAGACCAGAGAUGACAGAACUCCUUAGGGAGAAGGCCCUAAGACAGAUGGAGAGGCUUAGCCAUUCUUUCCUAUAAUGCAGUUAAAACUGGAAUUUGUGUUCCAGCUCUUCUGUACUUUCUCCUUCCUCCAGGCAAAAAUACAGCUUGAGACCUAUAUUCCCAUCUUGAAUUUCUUCCCCAAGUUGACAUUCUGUCAGCCAAACCCUUGUUUUACAGAACCACCAGGCCUGAGGAAUGGGUUCAGUGAUUCUGGGGUCUCCUCAGUGACCCCCUUACCUCAUGAACCCCAGCUUAGCAUGGUUUUGUUACUGUACCACGGAAAUGUGCUGGGAUAGUUGAUGGAACCAAAUUAAAUAUUUACUGUAA